AUGAUGAGCAACAACUACCUCUACGGGCCCCUGCCAGACUGCCUCUUUGACAAGUGUGUCAACCAAAUCGAUGUGAGCAACAACAGCCUGUACGGGCGCAUCAACCGCGACUUUAAAAACAUGGUGGCGGAUCAGGGUGACGCGCUCAUCAACUUGGCUCACAACUUCUUCUUUGGCGAUGCCGUUCUCUUUGCUGCCGGCUGCAAGGUUUGCCCCGUUGAGAUUACCGAACCCAACAACCUGGGCAUGGGGGAUACCAACUGGGUGCGUGCCGGCAAGUGUAGCGACGCUGCAGCCACUGGUCUGCGAGUUUACUCCGUGGCGGGGGCUGGCAAGCAGGCGAGGGUGAGUCUGCUGGGCAACUGCCUGACGCCUAGCACAGACCGGGCGUGCUCCUCCAACGCCACCCAGCGCAGCACGGCAGCCUGCCAGGCGUUCUGCAGCAUCACGGACAACGGCCCGUGUGACGGCCAUGGGGAGUGUGUGCCGCCUGCACCCGGUUCCACCUCCAACUUCACCUGCCUCUGUCAUGCCGGCUACUCAACUCUCGACAUGGGCAACGGCUCUACCUGUGCCAUCGUCAACUCCACCACCACCACCACCAAUGGUGAGCCCUGCUAG